GGCGCUUACCGAGUGAGCAAGAAAAAGCGGGCUGCUGGUGGCAGGGAGCAAAGGAAGGAAACGUGAGGAAUGGCUGAAAGCUGACUGUGUUUUUCUACAGGAAACAAAUCAGGAGGGAAACGAUAGCAAAAAUAACGCACCAAGUGUUUCCCAUUUCGGUUGGAGAAUUGUAUUGAGGCUUCUUAUUUUGUCCACGCACGGAUCCGCCUGGUUUUCUGAUUUAAUGGGACAACGAAAACGGAAAAAGCAAAAGGUGCCAAUUUUGUCGUCUGUGUGGACGGUUGCUACUUAUUUUUAUGGGACCAACACUCCACACGGGAUGAAUAGGAACAGGAGGACACUUAGUGAAAGGUAAACCGCAUUGUUUGAGUAAAGAAAAUGUCCCAGAUUUGACAGGGGUAGUUAAGGAUAUAUGUUUGGUGGGACUGAUGCAUUAACAUGUUAUAUCCUUGAAGUGGUCGACUACCUAUCAACAAGAAUACGCAUUCAAGCUUCUUGGACAAGCCAUCACAACAGAGCAGUCACAUGAAAAGUGGCCUACAUGUCCUUAUAAGAGAAACACGUAAAGCCAUUUUGCUCAGUCUGAACAGAAGAAGAACAUGCGCGUGUUUGUCAUCUGGAUAUUUUUGCGGUUGUUUUCACUACGGAAUGGUGCGGCUGGUCAAGGACAAUCCACUCCGGCUAUUUGUUCGUCCUCAUGCAGCUGCGACGAGGACGGAGGCGCCGAUUGCUCUGGGAAAGGUCUGACCACUGUCCCGACUGGUCUAAGCGCCUUCACCUACUAUCUUGACAUCAGCAUGAAUAACAUCACAGAGCUCCCGGCAUUUGUCUUCAAGAACUUCCCCUAUCUAGAAGAACUACGACUGGCAGGAAAUGACCUCUCAUUCAUCCACCCUGACGCUCUGUCUGGACUACAUCAGCUCAAAGUCCUGAUGUUGCAGAAUAACCAGCUGAAGACUGUUCCAAGUACAGCUAUAAAGAACCUCUACUCUCUACAGUCUCUACGUCUGGAUGCCAACCACAUCACGACGGUGCCUGAGGAUAGCUUUGAGGGCCUGCAGCAGCUCCGCCACCUCUGGCUGGAUGACAACAGCCUGACUGAGGUCCCAGUGGGCCCCAUGAGACACCAGGCUAACCUGCAGGCUCUCACCCUGGCACUCAACCGCAUCACCCACAUCCCCAACAAUGCCUUUGCCAACCUCUCCAGUCUGGUGGUGCUGCAUCUGCAUAAUAACAGAAUUAAGGAGAUUGGGGAGAGCUGCUUCACAGGGCUAGAGAACCUAGAAACGCUGGAUCUUAACUUCAACAACCUGAUGACCUUCCCAGAAGCAAUCCAGGCACUGCCCAAACUGAAGGAGCUUGGAUUUCACAGCAACGACAUAGCAGCCAUACCCGAGGGAGCCUUCCACAAGAACCCUUUGCUCCGCACCAUGUAA